UUGUCUUUCAACAGAUUCUUUAAGGUGGUGGCUUUUAUUGGAGGUUCUUACAACUUUCUAGUUAUUUUUCUUCCUAAUGGAAGUCCGUUGUGGCGAGUGGUGGUCAUCAUAGAUGUGAUUGUUAACAUGGUCCAAGCUUCAAGCGUGGGAGCAACAAUGUACACUUAUUUUCUUCUCCGGGAUGGGAAUUCUCAUGUGAAAUGGUGGCCAGUUUGUAAAGUGUCGCCGGCAUUUUGCUCGAAGGUUUUAGGAGCCACCAUUGCCGGUGCGCUCGGCCUUCUCUUCAACUUCACACUCAUGUGCUACGCAGUUUAUAUUAUUGUCGAUCCUCUUCUCCAUUAUGCCGACCAAAGAGGAUGAUAAGAUUAAUUAAUGGCCUUAAUUUAUACGGAGUACGUCAAUCUAACUAGUGUUUAGAUUGUGUGUGUUCGUGCUAGUCCAAGUUUUACUAUGUUUGAAUGUAUGUUUGAAUGUAUUGUAGUUUUUAAUGACGAUAAUUGCUUCGAAACUCUCGAAUAAAAUGUUCAACUAUCAUUUC